UAGUCAGUCACAGGGUCGGCUGAUUUCCUGGUCGGCUGCGGUCCGCGUUCAGGGUUUGUCUCCGCCAUGUCCGGACUCGGGUUGCUGUAUUCGGGACUGGGGCUGAGUGCGGCCGCCGCCAUCGCCGGCAUCGGAAUCUGCUAUACAAUAUUUGACCUGGGCUUUCGCUUCGAUGUAGCAUGGUUCCUGACAGAGACUUCUCCAUAUAUGUGGUCUAACCUGGGUAUUGGGCUAUCCAUUUCAUUGUCAGUGGUGGGAGCUGCAUGGGGCAUUUACAUCACUGGAUCCAGCAUCAUUGGAGGUGGUGUCAAAGCACCUAGGAUCAAAACCAAAAAUUUGGUCAGUAUAAUCUUUUGUGAAGCUGUGGCCAUCUAUGGAAUCAUCAUGGCUAUUGUGAUUACCAACAUGGCCGAGCAAUUUAGUGGUAGAACCCCUGAGCAAAUUGGUCCCCGGAACUAUCAUGCAGGUUUCUGCAUGUUUGGGGCAGGUUUGACCGUAGGAUUUUGCAAUCUCUGCUGUGGUGUAUGUGUGGGCAUUGUGGGAAGUGGUGCUGCACUAGCAGAUGCCCAGAAUGCCAGCCUCUUUGUCAAGAUCCUAAUUGUGGAAAUCUUUGGCAGUGCCAUCGGACUCUUUGGAGUCAUUGUAGCAAUCCUGCAGACAACUAAAGUGAAAAUGGGUGACUAAACUCUUUGCCAACUGCAGAUCCUGUAUAUAUUUAUUUAAUGUCUCCUGGUGGCCUAGGAGCUUGAUGUAUAAAGUUCUUCUUGUGAUCUUCACCUACUGGGCCAUGGACAAACCUGAUAAAUUGAUGUGUGUUUGUGAGAAUUUAUCCUUCUCUUCCCCCUGCCUUUUUCCUCCUCUUUUUUUUUCCCAGAAGGAAGGGGCUGGAUGCCUUGCUGGAAAGAGCCUUAGGUGUUCUAGCCUUUUGCACUCUCUGUGGCAAACACUGCCAAUUAUAAUACAGUGUUCUAUGAAAGAAAAUUGUUCUUGUCCCAAGUAGAUGCCCUUCUUGUGUGCUCCCUGCUGAUGUGCCCCAGUUAUUAUCCUGGCUUUGAUGGCUGAUUUUUAUUCCCCCUGAAUAAUGGUGGCACUGGCUGAGCUCUUGGCUUUGGAGACUGUGGAUAGUGCCCCUUCUACACACACCCCCAUGUGAAGGGACACAAGAAAUGAACAAUGUGAUUUUCUGAAUCAUAAAUGAUUGGUUAUUAAAAUCAAUGAUGAUGAAA